AUGCGUUUGUCCAGCUCCCUUGCCAGUAUUCUCUUGGCCGGUACCAGGCUCACUGGUUCGGUCUCAGCCUAUCCUGCCCAUACCGAGAGUCAGGCCGAGGCCCGCGAACCCGAGUUUGGUGCGCUAGACUCUCGUGGACUUACGCUCAAGAUUGGCAAAGAGCCCGGUGGUGACGCCAAGUGCCCUAAGACGACCAACCCAGGCUUUGAACCCCAGCCAGAGCACAAGUACACGAUGAACCAGAUCAAGCAGGCCUUCCUCCAAGCUGCCAAGCUUGCUGCCGAUAGUAAGCAGAUCGGGGACAACAAGUAUCCGCAUGAUUUUGGAAACGGAGAGAAGCUGCCUUUCAAGUGUGGCAAGAAUCAGAUGGAAUUCAUCAUCUUGCCAAACGGCAAGGUGUAUGACGGCAGCGGCAACACCAGAGACAUGCCUGACCGCGUUGUCUUCGAGUACUCCAAGAGCAAAAAGGAGUUCAAGGCUAACUACUGUGGUGUCAUGCGCCACGGUCCUACGCGUGAUUUCCUCCACUGCAAGGAUUAG